GUUGGACGCCUAGCUGUUGCUAUGACUACUGAAACCUUAGUGACCAAACUAAACAGAAAGGAGAGCCUUCCCGGUGGCCUCAGAAACACCCACCAUGUCUGUAGAUAUGUCUGCGGAGAAAAUGACGAAAGUAGAAGAGACUUUGCAAAGAGCCGUGGCACUUAAGAAGCUGGUCAACAGAUGGCGGAAUUCACAUACUCACUGUAUGUGGCAGAUGACAUUGAGCCAACGGAGAAACCUGUAUGCUACCCUAAGGAUGCAGGAUGCUAUGGAACAGGAGUUAGCACUGUCCAACAGACAGCUGCUGAUGGUCCGUCAAGCUGCCUUACACGAGCUGUUUGAGAAGGAACAUCAGCAGUACCAGCAGGAACUCAGUCGGAUGGGCAAAGCUUUUUAUGAGGAGAGACUCUGAGGCUGCCCAAACACUGCUCUUCCCUCAUGCCUGCCAACCCAGCCUCUAGUCUCUACCGGGGGCUUCCCAAAACAAACCUGGACCUGGGACUUAAGACCACCCCUUUUUCGCGGUCAAGUCAACCCAAAUGUCGCCUCGGGGAAAACAAGAGUGACGCCUUGUGGUUAGCGUGGGAUAUGCAGUGUCGGAAGGGGAGAGGCUGUACAAUGUCUGGUUUAAAAAAGUUGUGAUUUGGUUUAACAAAUAAAGCUAACUCUUAAAUAUUUA